AUGUCCACCCAGCCCCUCCUCCAGCGUACUGCCAAAAAGCGUAUCGCCCUCCCCGUCCGGGUCGAGCCCAAGGUCUUCUUCGCCAACGAACGAACAUUCCUCUCAUGGCUCCACUUUGCAGUCGUCCUCGGCGGUCUCGCCGUCGGUCUCUUGAACUUUGGCGAUAAAGUCGGCAAAAUAUCCGCCGCCAUGUACACCAUCAUAGCCAUGGGCGUCAUGCUCUACGCCCUGGUCGUAUACCAAAUGCGCGCGCGCGCCAUCCGCCUCAGGACGGGGGCGCCUUAUGAUGAUAGGUUGGGGCCUACGAUGCUCUGCGUAGCGCUCUUGGCUGCUAUCGUGACAAACUUUAUCCUUAAGGCUGUAUACGAAUAA